GUCAUGGCGUAUGUGAGAUCAUCCUUGGUGAUGUAUAGGUGAUAUCUGUGUCAGUGAAUAUUAUUCAUGACAGAAAAACUGCUCGAACUGUCAACAAAAUAAUUAACACGUCGAGUUGUCAGUGAAUUAAUUCCGUUUAAGGGAUGUGAAAGACAGGUUGGAACAUAAGCAUUGACUUACAAUGGCGGCCGCCAGAGGACUGCUUUCCGCUUUAGUAAGGAACGAAACCGAUAUGUGGGGACCUACAACCAUGGUAACGUCAGCUCUCCUCGGCAAGUCUUCAAAUGUGUCCAGCUCGGGCAAUUUGUCAAACGUGGAGUUUGCCUUGUUCGUUGAUAACGAUAUACCUGUUGUAGUAUAUCUGGCCGUUCUCAGCGUUAUAGGGACGAUCGGUAACUCCCAUGCAGUAGCUGUGUAUUCGUUGCGGUAUAAACCGUCGAAUCAUCGAACGUUCGUUCUAUGGCUAGCGUCAGUGGAUCUCACAGCAUCACUGCUCAGUAUGCCGUUUGAAAGUUUUGACAUACGUUACAACUUGACAUUUUCAGUUAUUUCUGUGUGUAAGUCAUUCAAGGCUCUGAAUUACUUCGUUAGCACGUGUUCCGGGUUCCUACUUGGGAUUAUCGCCGUGGAACGUUACCGGAAGGUAUGUGUUCCGCUUGGAAUGCAACUGACGCCAAUAGCUGCGAAAUGCGUGUGCAUGAUUGCCGCCGUAGUUGCUAUUGGGCUUUCAUCAAUUUCUGGUGUUGUGUACGGCAUUGUACCAAGGACAAUUCCGUCAUAUGAAAACCUUACUGGCACCGAGUGUACCGUGAUGGAUGACUACAGAGAAACGUCUUUGUUCAAAGGAUAUUCCGUCUUCUUGCUGUUCAUUAGUACUGUUGUUUUCGUUCUAUGUAUUUUCACCUAUUCAUUUGUAGGGAGAAUAUUAUAUAAACAAAUAUUGUUCAGAAGUAAAUCACAUUCAACCCAAUCCGGUUCGUCUUCAAACCGGAAGUCGAGUACCGGAAAUGAAAAGAGUGUUCAUCAGGACCUCGGGAGUAGUGGACAUCAGGAAGAAGAAUCAAGUUUUGCGCAUGUCAACACUAAAGAAAUGAUUGCGGUGACGUCCCCUACAGAAAACAGUAAACAUAGGAACAAACGAAAGAGAGGCUUGGACAGGAGCAAACAAAUUGCUUUCAUGUUUCUCAUCGCUACAGCAGCCUCGUACGUUGGAUAUUUGCCUAAUAUGGUAUUGUUGAUAAUCAAAGGAAUACAAAGUGAAACGUACGACGCUAUUGAUGAAAGUCUGGGUGCUUUCAAUGCAAUUCUCGUGAGAUCUUAUUUUCUGAGUAGUGUCGUUAACCCUAUAGUAUAUUGUUUUGUAGACGAACGUUUUCGACGAGAAUGCAAACUGUUGUAUCUGAAACUGUAUUAUUACAUUUGUAAAAAUGUCAGAUGUGUGCGGUAGGUUGAUAACUGGUGCCAUUACCUACCCACUUAGCUACUGUUUAUAAAAUAAAGUAAGAUAAUAAACGUAUUAGUGUC